AUGAACUCCUGGUUCCACUUCCACAGGCUGCGGCGCAAGAGAGCCGGGGCAGGGGCGAUCGCGAACGCCGCCGCCGCCGAACCCCCGCCGCCACCACCCUGCUCGCCGAACAGGGCGUCCUACUACGUGCCGAGCCGGGACCGCGCCGUCCCGCGCCGCCCGGACAACAACCCCAAGCUCCGGGACACGCAGUUCCCGCGCAGCCCGCAGGCGAGCGACAAUGUCUUCGACGUCGUCGCCCGCUCCAGCCCGGCGCCGGAGCUCAAGCUACGGCCCAUCCUCACGAGGCCGCCUCCCAGGCCCGACGGCGGCGGCGGCGCGGCCGUGUCUCCCACGGGCAGGGUGCGCCCACCCCCAGGGUUCCACCACGCCGCCACGCCGGACCGCCGCAGGCGGAACAAGGCGGAGGAGGAGGCCUGCACGCGGCGUGCCAGCGGGCUCCGGCAGGCGUACGAGGGCCUGGUGGUGGUGGUGGAGUCGGCGGACCCCGAGGAGGACUUCCUGGAGAGCAUGGCGGAGAUGGCCACGGCCAACGGCGUGCGGUCGCCGCGGGGCCUGGAGGAGCUCCUCGCCUGCUACCUCGCGCUCAACGCCGCCGACCACCACCGCGCAAUCGUCGCCGCGUUCCGCCGCGCGUGGAUGCACCUCCACCUCCUGCGCCGCUGCAUGCAUGAGCACGAGUCGUGUGUCGUGGCAGAUUAGCUCUACUCUAGCUGCUGCUGCUUCUUCAGCGAUCGCGACGUGCCUGCUCUGCUGACUGCUGUAUGAUGCAUGAUCUGUUGGGUAUAGCGCAGACUGUGCGUAGUUCUUGCCCAGAGAUCGUCGAAAAGGCACGCUGCCUCGUUUUUUUCGUGCGUGGAAACUUCAGUUCAGCCUUGUUUGGUUCU